AUGAAACCUAUUGGAGGCGGGCUCUACUGUACAGCUGCACUUUUUAACCAUUCAUGUGAUCCAAAUAUAAUGAGGUUUAACCAGGGUAAGCGUAUGGUAAGUGUCUCGUGUCGGAGUAUAAGAGCUGGAGAGAAGAUAUAUGAUUGCUACGGUUUACCCUGGUAUUCUAAACCAUGGGAGGAGAGACAACGCAUUCUAAUCAAGUUUUACAGGUUCACCUGCUCCUGUUUACCCUGUAAAGAAUCCUGGCCUGUAUCGGAAUUACUUGCUAAAGCUCAACUCAGUGGUUUGAGCCGGGUAAAGUGCAGUAUCUGUGGCAGUAUCCAGGCUCGGAGAAGAUUAGAAACCGAGAUACCGUGCUCAUGCGGAGCUCUCAUAGAUCUUACCGAGAUUCCUCUUGAAAAGAUUGCCAAACUCAAUGAAGAACUCCAGGAUCUCCUCUGUGUUAAGAUGGACUGGAGAAAGGGGAUGCAAGUUCGGUUGGAGUUAGAGACCCUACUGGAGAAAUAUAUAGCUACGCCAAGCCUGGAGCAUUUCCUCUCUAAUAUCCUAGUUUGGAGAGCUUUGUGGACUCUGACAGGAAGCAAAAAAAUUGUAAAGAUUAUGUAACCAAUGCUUUUAAUGAAUAGAACUCAUACUUAUCGUA